UCGCAGGAUGUCUUCAAACACUGGUCAUUCCUGGAGCGGCUUUGGUAUGGUAUGGUAAGCACAGCGGUCAAUCCAGACCCCGGCCCGUGCGGAGGCAGGGAAAAUCCUCGUCAGGUCUGGUCACGAGUGUUUUUGGAAGGUUUGGUGGUUCCAUGACAACUGGUCAGACAAGACGACAAGGAAGACCAUUAGGUCUGCUGCUACGUCGAACCGAGGCACCAAUUCACUGCCUGCAGCAGAAACUGAUCACCGAUGAUGGAAGGGGAGGGAGGGUCGAACGAUGCAAGAGGACAAGAAUUCCGCCCCAACGGAACCCAGAGAAAACUCUGGCUCCUCCGGCCACCAUCCACUGAUUAUUGAAUGGUCGUGUUGUCGUUGCCCGGCCGGAACAUCUCCGCGGGCUGUGGGCACCCAGAGGAAAAAGCCUCCUCGCAGGCUCUCAGCCAUCAUCAUGGCCUGUCAGGGCUCAGGACUCAGGAGGUGCCUCGCAGGAGCACACUCCUCUGCUCUGGAAAAGAAGCAACCUACAUAUACAUACCUACGUACUACAGCUUUCUCCAGUGGGACGAACAACCGGGAUGACGACGGAGCGCAUGCAACAUCCAAACACAAAGCAUUGAUGCAUCCCCUAAGACCCGCGGACCGCGAUCCAAAGCGUCAGACCGCGCGACACGUUCUCCUUCCCUCCCACCUCUCCACCCGUUGCCCUGCAUGGGGCAGCGCGGACGAGCCGGCGGCCAGUCAGGAGACGACCUGGACAUCUAUUGCUGCGCAAGAACUCGCUCGCUGUCUGCUGCCUUCUGGCGUACCUUGGGCGGAUCAUCGGCUGGGUCAGACCUCGUGGUGGAUACUCCCUCUCUCUCUUCUGGGAAAUGGUGCCGCUGCCAACCCAGUGAGGGCAACAGGUGGGAGACAUGCUGCCACUGCCAGUCGUUCCGACAUUACCUUAGCUGGAGGCGAGCAGGGCAGGCAGCGGCGACAAUUCUCCCUUCCUCUGCGUGACGGAUGGUAGGAGUAAAAAGUCGGGCUCGGCCAGAGUUUCUGGAAAGCGGCGAUAUUGUCUCUCAGCG